AUGGAACAGUUCAAAUUACCAGCAGAAUCUCAGCAAAAAGAGGAUCAUUCUUUUAAGAGCAACCAGAGAAGUGAUGACGCACAUGAGUGCUCAGGCAGUCCUCGAAGUCGAAAGAUAUCAGCUAGAUGGGAUCCGGAUGAACCAUGCAGGCCUGCCAUUGAUGAAGCACCUGUAUUUUAUCCAACUAUUGAGGAGUUUGAAGAUACACUUGGUUACAUAGCAAAGAUACGCCUAGUGGCUGAAUCUUAUGGUAUAUGUCGGAUUGUCCCACCACCUUCCUGGACCCCUCCCUGCCCUCUUAAGGAUAAAGAGAUGUGGGAGCAUGCUAAAUUUUCUACACGUAUUCAGCAAGUUGACUUGCUUCAAAACAGAGAAGCCAUGAAAAAGAAAAGUAGAGGUCGGAAGCGAAAACGAAGGAGGCACUCAAGAAUGGGAACCAAAAGACGUUCAGAAGCUAAUGUUGCGUCCGAGACUGAUGAGAAGUUUGGGUUCCAUUCAGGAUCAGACUUUACAUUUGAAGAGUUUCAGAGAUAUGCCUAUACUUUCAAGGAGAGUUACUUCAGAUCAAAGGAUGCUAAGGAGGGUUCAAAUUCUGGUGAAACUAGAAGCAAAAUAUGGAAACCCUCUGUGGAAGAUAUUGAAGGUGAAUACUGGAGAAUAGUUGAGCAACCAACAGACGAGGUUGAGGUUUACUAUGGAGCUGACUUGGAAACAGGAGUGUUUGGAAGUGGGUUUCCUAAGGCAUCGUCUAUGGUAACCGAAAGUGAUUCGGAUCAGUAUGCAAUGUCUGGUUGGAAUCUAAAUAAUUUCCCACGCCUUCCUGGUUCUGUACUGUCUUUUGAAGCAAGCGACAUCUCAGGAGUUCUAGUCCCAUGGCUCUAUGUUGGGAUGUGCUUUUCUUCAUUUUGUUGGCAUGUUGAGGACCACCACCUCUAUUCCCUAAAUUAUCUGCACUGGGGUGACCCAAAAGUAUGGUAUGGAGUGUCUGGAAGUCGUGCUCAAUCUUUGGAACGUGCAAUGAGAAAGCAUUUGCCGGAUUUAUUCGAGGAACAACCUGAUUUACUCAAUGAACUGGUCACUCAGCUAUCUCCUUCAGUUUUAAAGUCUGAAGGUGUACCUGUGUAUCGAGCUGUCCAACAUUCUGGGGAGUUUAUUCUUACCUUUCCGAGGGCAUACCAUUCUGGAUUUAAUUGUGGCUUUAACUGUGCCGAGGCAGUGAACGUGGCCCCUGUCGAUUGGUUAGAACAUGGGCAAAAUGCAGUUGAGCUAUACAGUGAGCAGUGUCGCAAGACAUCAAUCUCACACGACAAAUUGUUACUGGGAUCAGCACAGGAAGCUGUACAGGCUCUUUGGGAGCUAUCAGUUCUUGGAAAGAAAACUACAAGAAAUUUGAGCUGGCAAAAUGUUUGUGGCAAAGGUGGUGUCCUCACCAGAGCAGUUAAGACACGAGUGCAAAUGGAGGAGGAAAGACUAGAUCGUCUUCCAAUUUGUUUGAAGUUGCAAAAGAUGGAAAGAGACUUUGAUUUGAAUGAGAGAGAAUGUUUUUCUUGCUUCUAUGACUUACACUUAUCUGCUGCCAGCUGCAAAUGCUCUCCUGAUCGAUUUUCAUGUCUCAAACAUGCAAAGCAUUUUUGUUCAUGUGACAUCAGUCAUAAAUAUGUCCUUCAACGCCACACUAUCAGUGAAUUAAAUAUGCUGGUUGAAGCAUUGGAAGGGAGAGUAGAAGCCAUGAAAGUAUGGGCAUCCAAGGACCCUGUAGUAGUUUCUAUAGACGGUACUGAUUGGCGUACCACUAAGUUGGAUCAAGAAAGUAGCAUGUCUCAUAAGAGAGUCAAGUCUUGUAAUCCAAGGGAAACUUCAUCUUGUUGUCCUGUUUCAGAAGAGAAGGUCAACAUAAAUGCAUCUUGCAGUUCGUCUAGUCAAGUUUCUUCUGCGGUUGUCCAGUCAGGGUCACAGCAUGGAGCUUUUAGUUUAAGUGCAUCUCGCAUCACUAUGGAUAGGCAAAAUGACGAUGAAACUCUGGCCAUGAAUGAUGAGGAAAAGAUGGGGAAUGAGUGCUGUUUUGAUUUAAAUCUUAAUUAUAUGUCUGAUGAACGUGAAAGCAGGACGAUGCACAUAUCUGAUGACUUUGAUAACAAGGCUGUCACAAUUGAGGAGGAUGCAUCUACUUCCGUGUCUAAUCAAGAGAAAGUUUGUAGUUCAGAUGUAGCCAGAGACCCAGACAUGAUGAAAGUUGAUAAUGGCUACCCUGCCUGUUCAAGGGACAUCAGGAAUAGUUGUGCGAGUGAUGGCAAUAAGCUGUUCGGUGUUGAACUUUGCUUACCCCAUCCUUCUUCAAACAAACAGUCAAUAAACUUUACAAAAACUGAAACUGUCGAGGACUCGGGUGUAAACAUAUCCUUGACUGACCAAAGCUGUCAAUUACAGAAGUUGAGUCCUUCGGUUGAGCCUAUAGAUUUUGGAGCUGUUGUGUCUGGAAAGUUGUGGUGCAGUAAGCAGGCCAUGUAUCCAAAAGGGUAUAGAAGCCGAGUUAAAUUCUAUAGUGUGCUUGACCCAACAAAAGUUUGUAGCUAUAUUUCAGAAGUUCUCGCUGCCGGGCUUCUUGGGCCUCUAUUUAAGGUUACUUUGGAAGAAUGCCCCGGUGAGGCUUUUGCUAAUGUAUCGGCAGAGAAGUGCUGGGAUAUGGUACUGCAGAGACUAAACCAAGAAAUAAAGAGACGGAGUAGUCUAGGGGAAAGUGGACUGCCCCCUUUGCAGCCUAGCAUUAAUGGCCUUGAAAUGUUUGGAUUUCUCUCCCAACCCAUUAUUGAGGCUAUUGAGGCCCUCGAUCCCGACCAUCAAUGUGUGGAGUACUGGAAUUACAGGCGUAUUGUCCCAUUGGCGUUUGGCAAUGUUAGUGAAAUCAAGCAGCAUUCGUUUGAAUCAAGUAGAAGUCUAGGAGAAACAGAUACGAAAAUUUUUGGUAUUACUUUGACAAGGCAGGACCGGGAUAAUCCAUUGGUGGAAGGAGAUCAUCCAACCGAAGAGAUGCAGUUAGUGUUGCGAAGACUAUUAAAGAAGGCAGAUUCCGAAGAGUUGAGGACAUUACAGAGAGUAUUGUGCAGUGAGUCACAAAGUUCAAAAUGGAGAGUGGCAUUCACAUCAUUGAUUGAAGAGAUCCAGAGAAAUGUAGAUAGUUAA